AUGUAUUAGGAUAAUUCUGAGCAUUAUGAGUUCAUCAAUAGUAACCUUGUGAUUGAAGAGAUCCCAGAGGAAAUCGAAAAUGACAAAGUUAUAGUCCAAGAAGCAGCCGAUGAAAAUAAAAUCAAGGUGAUUCUUGGAAACAAUCAGAAACUCAAACAAGAGUUCUUAAUUGCCGAUAACUUCUCCACUUUUACACAAGUUCUCGUAAUUUCCACCAUCAAUCAUAAUUGUUAUUACGAUGAUCCCUUCUUUCAUUACAUCCUUAUGAUGACCAAGGUGAUUCGCAAAGCACUCAGAAGAAUGUUGGUGCCCACUUGCAUUAAAACCAAAGAGGAGUUUAUUAUCAAACAAAAUAAUUUAUUUCAAUGUUUCUACCAAGAUAUCAACAUAGGAUUCAUAACAUCCACAGGAUAAAUCAAAUCUACAGCAUUCAUCUAUGUCCAUAAAACUAUUCGAGAAUUUGUAAUCAAGAAAAUUGUUAUCGAUCAAAAACAAGAGAGGGUUAGAUUUUUAAUGCACUUUUUUAAAAUUGAAAAUAUCAUUAAGAUACCAUAUGUGCAGUAAGAUUAUAAAAACUAAUUCUUGAAAACUAAUAAAUUUAAAAAUGAAUUCAUUAUUCUGAGUGAAGAGAUAGAGACUCAUCAAUCCUUAUUUCAAGUUUAUAAAUUGGUGGAUGAUCAAAUUUACUUUGUAAAAAGAAUUCAUUUAAGAGCUAAUUUCAGUUCUUCCUUCAUGAAUGUGUUCAACACCAAAGAUGUCUAUAUCAACAUAGCUAAGAUUUUGGCUUCACUUUCACAUCCUAAUGUUAUUAGAUUGUAUGAUUGGUGGAUUGAAAUAUUGAAUUUCUAACCUUAUUUAUUUAUGCAGAUUGAAUAUUGCAUCUACCCUAGAUAUUAAUGUUAGGCAAAAAAUUUGUUAAGUUAUUCCUAUUUUUAUAUGAAUCCUAUGCCACAUAAAUAAAAAUAGAAACACAUUCAAGAUAUUAUUUUAUAAAUAAUUUAAGCUUUGGAGUUUCUCAAAUUAAGAAAGAUUCAUCUAAUUGACUUUAAACCUGAAAAUAUCAUGGUGACCAUUACCGUCACUGGUGAUCUAUAAGUUGUACUUGCAGACUUCAAUCCUUAAAUAACCAAUCAAAAAUAACAAAGCUAUCUGGAUUACACCUUUCAAGCCUUAGGCACUUUAAUUUUGCAUUUAAUUUUAACAUUCCCUGGAGAUGCUACACUUAGAAACAAUUAUAUAACCAAAUUCUUGAAUUCUAAAUUUGAAGAAUCAUUUGCACUAUUAGAUUCCUUGGCAUAAAAAGUCAAAAAUAGAAAUCGUGAAUUUUCAUUCCAACUCUAUAAAAAUUUGCUGUUAUUGGUCAAAUCCAUCGUUACAGAUUCCCAUUUUCAUGAUUUCCAUGAAUUGAAAACGACUAUUGAAAAAAUCAAUUGA